ACUGCAACUGGUCCCCUGCGUACUCAGAAGCACAAUGACCAGCCAGCCAAUGGAGACUUUGGGCCAGUGGAAAGUAACUGUAUGGGAGGAGGAGAACUUCCAGGGAAAGCGAUGUGAAUUCCUGAUCGAGUGUUCUAACAUCAUGGAGCGCGGAUUCCGUAAGAUCCGCUCCAUCAAGGUGGAGAACGGCCCAUGGGUGGGUUUCGAGUACCCUGAGUUCCAGGGGCAGCAGUUCAUCCUGGAGAAAGGCGAUUACCCUCGCUGGGAGGCAUGGAGCGGAAACAGCGGGUACAGAACGGAGCACCUCCUGUCCUUCCGACCUGUCAAAUGCGCUAAUCACAGCGACAGUAAAGUGACUUUAUACGAAGGGGACAACUUCCAGGGUCGCAAAUUUGAGCUCUGCGAUGACUACCCCUCUCUGCAGGCCAUGGGCUGGUGCUCCAAAGAGGUGGCCUCGGUCAAAGUCAACUCCGGAGCUUGGGUGGCGUACCAGUAUCCUGGAUAUAGGGGUUACCAGUAUGUGCUGGAGAGAGACAGACACAACGGGGAAUACAGGAACUACAACGAGUACAGCACUCAGGCUCACACCAACCAAAUCCAGUCCAUCCGCAGGAUCCAGCACUAAGGAACGUGCGCGACCUUCAUCCAUCUCCCAUCUCCAACGCGUGGAAGUCUGAACGCCGCAUGAAACCAGUCAGGUUCACAGCAAGAAUAAAGGAUUGUUUAAUCAUACGAUA